AUGUCUUCCUCGAUGCUGCUUGUGCUUGCGUUGGCGGCGGUCGGAUAUGUCUGGUUGCGCACUUGGCUGAGGACGACCAAGCUACCGCCUGGACCGUCGGGUUGGCCGGUCCUUGGCUGCACGCUCGAUCUGAUUGAUACCACAACCAAGCCCUGGGUCCGCUUCGAGGAAUGGUGGAAGCAGUCAAACGCAAAAGUCGACGUGAUCUGUGUGCCUACGCUCAAUCAAACGAAUAUCGUCCUUAUGAGCGCCAAGGCUGCCAACGAGCUCUUCGAGAAACGAGCGCACAUCUACUCUGCUCGUCCGAGCUCGCACUACCUCAGUGACAUCGUUCGCGGCGGCAUUCCGCUCGUAGACAUAUCAGACUUGGACAGAGUAUCCGCUCAGCGCAAGAUGCUACAUGAGCAGCUCGGUGUGAAAUCUGCUGCCCAAUGGCAGCUCAUCCAAACUGAAGAAGCACGCGAAAUGAUUGGCAUGUUCCUGCAGUCGCCUAGGGGCUAUCUAGACAUUUUCCAAGCCACGAUGGAAAAUCUCGUGAGAAAGACGACAUAUUCUUCAAGCGCGACAGUGACAUCCGAACGCGUAUGGGAGCACAAGCGCAGGUCUUCAGCGAGAACCCAUACACCUUUGGCACCACUUCUCGACAUCUUUCCAAUCUUACGAUUGAUGCCCAGCUGGCUUCCCGGCGGAAGUUAUAAGAUAACGGGCAAGGCUUAUUUCGAAGAGGAUCGUCGAAUCUGGGAAGGCUUGCGUGAUGACAUAGCCUUAGAUCUCGCUAGCGGUACUCUGCGACCAUCCUAUAUGUCGCAAUUGAUUCACACGCAAGCGCCUGAGCGUCACGGCAUCUCUCAGCUCGACUUGGCCUUCAUCGCGGGCAAUCUCUUGACAGCGGGCGGUGACUUGCCGGAAAUUACGCUCGAGAUCUUUGUUCUCGCAAUGGUCCAUCAUCCGAUGGUCGCUCGGAAAAUACAGGAAGAGCUCGAUUCUGUGGUGGGCCGAGAUCGCAUGCCAACGUUUGCAGAUGAGGCGAAGCUGCCCUACACUCGGGCAGCGAUCCUGGAAGUACAGCGUUGGCGCACGCUCGUUCCUAUCUCUCUUGCACGCCGCGUACUCGAAGACGAUGUCUACCAGGGCUACACGAUUCCGAAGAAUGCAAUAGUAUGGCCCAACCUUUUGGCGAUGAGUCAAGACGAGUCCGUCUAUCCCGAUGCGAAGAACUUCAAACCCGAGCGAUUUCUGACAUCAGCUGGCGACUUCACUCGCAAGGAUGAGCUGGCUACAUUCGGCUGGGGCAAGAGGUUGUGCCCAGCAGUGCAUGUCGCACGCAACGUCGUCUUCAUUAAUGUCGUGUCUCUAAUGUGGGCAUUCGAUCUCGUGCCAGAUUCGACACCGGACGGUAUACCUAUCCUGCCUAGCGCCGACAUGAGAGAUUGGCGUGGUGUCCUUCCAUGUCGACCACAGCCAUUCGCCCUCGAGGCUGUCCCCCGGAGCAACGUUGAAGCAGCGAUGCGAGCUCGCCGCGAAGAGCUCGUCUUCUCUCAUGACGGAUAG